GCUGUGCACUUAGUCAGAGUAUGUGUGUGUGUGUGUGUGUGUGUGUGUGUGUCACCGUGGUAGCACUGCACUGAUUUAUUUACACAGUGGUCCUGAAAUACACACUGUUUGGAAGCUUCAAAUCUUUUUGGUUGAAGUGAUAAGCCUGCACACAGACUCAGAGAUGGUGGGUAAAAAGGUAGCGAGAGAGACCCUGUUGCCCUCAGUGCGUGAGGAUGACGGUGAUGAAGGUCGUGAGGAGGAGAUGUUAGGAGGGAUCCGGAGCAGGCCGCCAAGCCGACCUCGCAACAUCUAUAGCCGUGGCAGCGUGGACAGCCAGACCGUCUUUCGAGCAAGUGGCUGCAGCCAGAGAGAGCUGAGCGCAGGGGAGAAAUCUGAAGACGAUGGUGGUGCUGAUGAAAAUGACGAGGAGGAGGAGGAGGAGGAAGGCGGUCGGAGCAGUGAAGCGGUUGACGGACAGGAGGGAGCUGGAGCAUGUUUCGCCGUGGAUGAAGACUAUGACACAGAGCUGGAGCCUGAAGAUGAGCCAAGAAGGUAUGACCCCACAGGCGAGACGCGUUACCGAGAGAUGUGUAAGAUGUUCAAUGUGGUUCCAGUGUCCUACUUCCUCAGGAACAUGAACAGCACAGAACUGAGCAUGAUGCAUCACGGACUCGGCCCUCAGGGUAGCAAAGCCCUGGCGGUUCCCUUGGUAACCAACACCUCCAUUCUGAAGCUGAAUCUGCGAGAUAAUGGAAUGGAGGGAGAAGGUGGAGCCGCCAUAGCUGACAUGCUGAAGGAGAACCUUUACAUCACAGAAAUAGAUCUUUCAGAGAACAGGCUCGGUGAGUGUGGGAUGAAGGCUCUGGCCAGCAUGCUGCUAGAGAACACCUCUCUCAUCUCCCUUAACCUUUCUGGGAACCAUCUGGAUGAGCGAGCGGCUAAACACCUGGCUCCAGCGCUGACCAAAAACCAGCACCUGCAGCAUCUGGACCUGAGCCACAACCAGCUGGGUGAAGCAGGAGGGGAAAUUCUGGGUGCUGCUGUAGCUGAGAACACGGGAAUGAAGUCAGUCAGUCUGGCCUGGAACGGCAUUCGUGGAAAAGGGGCCAUCGCUUUAGCUAAAGGCCUUGGGGCUAACAUAUUCUUGCAAACUGUGGACUUAUCUUACAACGGAUUGGGCAAAGAGGGAGCAGUGGCUCUGGGUGAGGUGCUUAAAGACAAUAACACGCUGGAGGAACUGAAUAUCAGUAUCAACCGCAUCCCUCCUGAAGGAGCAGUCCACUUAGCCGUGGGUCUCAAAGCAAACAACAACCUUCGGAUUCUUAAAAUGGCUCGGAAUCCUGUUCGGUCAGCCGGAUGUUUUGCGGUACUUAAAGCCAUAGAAGGAAACUCUUCAUCUUCAAUGGAGUACCUGGACUUUUCUGACAUCAGCGUGGACCAAGAGUUUGAGGACUUGUUUAACUCAAUCAAAGAAACUCUACCAAACUUCCAAGUGAAGCACGGUGGCAAAAUAAGACCUUCCCAAAAUCUAAAGAGCUGACCUCUACCAGAGCAGUCAAUUCUAAUCUGUCACUUACAUCUGUGUCUCCUGAAUGUAUUAAAGACAGAAUGAAUAUGCAAAGAAACAGAGCAGCAUGGACAUCUAUUCGUGACUAUUUAACUGACUGAUGGGUUAGUGAGCGAAGCACCUGCUGUGUGUAAUAUGAACAGCUGUCGUACACAGCGAUGUUCCCACGCCUGACUGAGCUCACGUGCUGAUGACGUUUAUAACCUCAGGUAGAUUUCCAACACGUGCACAUAUUCAGCUUGUUUCUCCUCUUCAGCACUGGGUGGCAUUGAGCAAGGAAUAAAAUACUUUCAUUUGCUUACAAAAAGGAGGAAAUCAUUUAAAAUCGUUCAAUAAGGUCCCUAUAGUGUUCAACUGUGAUCCAAAAAAAAAAAAACAGAGAAGAAAGGACUGGAAUUGGGACAUAACAAAAAAAUAUUAUGUUAUAUAAAUAUUAAGCUAUGUAAAUGCAUUUAAUGGGGAAAAAAUGGUUGUAUGGGAAGACUGUUUACAGCUGAAAAGUUGUUUCACAGACAUUCCAUAACUGUAACAAUAAAUGAAUAAAAAGAAUUACGUGUCUUUCUUUAAUUAGUAAAAAUGAAAUCGGAAUUGUUGUCAAUUUUGGGUGGUAACAACAGCCCACAUGUCACCCCUAAAAGUUUUAUUUUUUACUUAAUGCAGUAGAAAUACUACAGUACUUUGUGCCCCAUAAAUAAAUACAUACAUACAUACAUACAUAAAAACACAUUUUUUUAACAUUAUCCAUCCAUCUAUCCAUUUUCCAUACCACUUAUGCAGAGCUUAUUCACUUAGGCAGUGAUUCUGUCUAUAUAUUUGCAUACUUUAAUACAUCAUGACCCACCUAUAGGUGAAGUGCUGUAUGAAAAGUGCUAAGAAAUGUGAACAAACCAAAAAUGCUAGAAGUUCUUCUGCUUCUGUAAUUUAAAUAAUAACCACUAGAUGGAAAUAAAUGUUUUUAACAUUGAAAAAUUGUCACUCGUCACAUUAUUUCAGCUCAUGAUUUGAAGCCAUUUCAUUUAACCUGUAGUUCCUGCAUGAACUAUUUUCAUGAUGACACUUUAGUUUUUAGGAUUUUUAGAAGAAUACAUUCUAAACAAGGCCUUCACAGGCAAGUUGUCAUUACAUCCCAUGACUUCUAUAUAAGCUAGAUUAAUGACUUUGAUGAUUUUUUAAAUUUUAUUUUACGUGUUUAUGUAAGAAUAAAUAAUUUAAAACAGUUCAGCUGCACAAGAAGGAAGGGAAAACUAGCUACCCUUGUGGAAAAAUCAUAUACAUUUGAUGUGUGAUCAUAGUGAGUAUGUGAAUAAAGUGUGAAGAUGCGUUAUAACAUGAUAUGUCCUGAAACUGCACGUGAAACUCAAGUCAAGUGCAUAUGAAUAAUAUGGGAUCACACGUGAAAAUGAAUGAAUCGUGUGAGAAAAUCGUUUCUAAAAAAUGAAAUCAUAUGCACUAUAUGUAAAGAAUGAAAUGAAUGAAAAUAAAUGAACAUGCAAAAAUUAUAUAUGAAAAUAAAAACACAUGGCGUACAUGGCAGAAGUCUACUACAUGUAAAAACUGUAAAAGUAUAACAUGUGAAGUGUCUAAAACCCACAAAAUUCAAAUUCAAAGUUCACGAAGUUAAUUUUGUAAGAGUUUUUUUUUGUUGACUUUUAUGUGUACAUUUAUGAAUUUAUGUCAUUUUGCUAUUUGAGCUUUGUAGCUACUUCCCCCAGGAGAGUUUAUUAG